AUGGAGCACCUCGUAAGAAAGCACCUCGAAGCACCUGCGGUUACACAAAGCAUCGGAUCGCGUCGACCGGUGCGCGGCAGUGCGCUUCGCGGAGCGCGCAUGAAGGUUGGCUUCACCAGCGCUCGCCGGUUCGCAGCAAACGAAGAGGACCCUAAGAGUACAUUGAUGUUGCCCAUGUUCGCCCCUGUUUUACAGGGGCAAGUCAUUUAUGCGGGAUAUCUAUUCCCACAGGAAAGGAUAGUACAGAAAAGAACGGUAUUGCAGUGGAGCAGUCGCGUUCCGAGGACGCUUACCCCAAGGCAUGCUCGAGGGCGUGCCUGGGAGGUGCGGCCCAUUCAGCAUCGCCCACUAACACGCUCUUCUUUCGCAGCGGCACCAGUAGCUUUCAACCAGCGCUCACUGCGUCGCUCUCUGCACCACGUUGCUCUACAGAGGAAUACUAGCACGAUCUUCGCGGUCGUUUUGCCUGCAUUCCAGUGGAGCGCUGAUGUUACAGACGGCGGGGGUUCGGACCCGCCAGACGCGAGCGCAGAGGCAGCUGCCAUGGGCGCUGCUCAACGGCCACCACAACAGACAAGUCAGCCCACACAGGCCGCGGAGAGUGAUACACAGCGGAGAACGCUGCGAAGUACACCGGUGCCCACCGUGGUGCUCAGCGGGCUAGAUGAUAUCGCGCGUUUGCGACUUUUAGGAACGUUGCUGGAGCAGUUGCUGCAACGAUCGCCGCAGCCGGAGGAGCGCCCGCCGCGCGUGGGCGUGCUUUUGCCGGCAACACUCGCAACUCGGCUGGGACUCGUCUGGGAUGAGGAUGAAGCUGGCUGGCUGGUUAAUGCAUCGCUGUGCACGGAAUCUCUGCCUUCAUCGUUGUGCUCCGCGUUAAUCGGUACCCAUAUCUACUUUGAAGUUCUCGACAACUGUGUGAACCAGGAUGAGCUCGGACCCAAAAUUGACCAGUUGAUGAGACGACGAGCUCGCACGCCAAGAGCUAGUCAGGCGCAAAGCGGGUCCGCGGUACAGAGCGCUGCGGAUCAAACAGUGGAAGCUGCACCCAGCCCUGUGAAUCUGUUUCAGGUCCAGGCAGCGUACGGUGUGGACUACCUCAUCGUCUGCAGCCCUGAAAAAGAGGAGCCAUAUGCCAUCGCCGACAGUCUUGCGCAUGUUGAGUGGCCGCUGCAGCUUCUUGCGCUCGUGAGCGUCAUCGAUGCAGCGGCGGCUGCGGAGGUAUUCGCACCGACGCUGCGACAACAAGAAACGGCGUCUGUCGCGUAUAGCCCUGAGAAUACAGCGCAGACGUCGCCGGCUUCGGAACGCAUCCCAACGACAGCGACGGGUAUAACUGGCGGGACUGGACUGGAAAUCAGCCACAACGACGCUGACCAAGCGCUCGCGACGAGCGAUACCGUGGAGACUUCGCGGGACGGCUCAAGUCCAUCCCGAGGUACGCUGCUGCACGAGAAGAAAACUGCAUCGCGCGUGGAAGCUGGAGAUGUAGGUGCAGGCGACAACGAUGGAGCGUCAGCACGACGGCCACCCGCUAUGGAGCGGGAACGGGGAUCAGCAAGUAACGCACAGGCUGAUAAUUUGGUGCAGCUCCUGGUGGAUCAAAUAGAGUAUGCGAACCUUGUCGUCGUGUACAACCAACAACAAAUGCCUGGUCGGGAGACAGAUGCGGACGUGCGGCCGAUGCGCAAGUCGCAGGACGCAAGUCCUGAUCCCGAGGUCCGUACAGCCCCGACGCCCUCUUUCCAGAACCUACUUCGUUAUCUUCGACUCUUGAACUGCGAGGCUCAGGUGAUUCUCAUGCACGCGAAUACUGAAUGGCCACAAACACUCCUGGAGCGCAUUCUCGAGCGACCGUUUGAUCCGGAGCGGAUGCUCUGGAUGCCGACCUGGCGCCGGGUUCUUGCUUCUUUCGCUGCGACGGAACUGACGAAAACUUCCCAGAAAUACGGUUCCGCAUUGCCAGAGAACAGAGCACAGAGUACGGGAAAAAGUUCAGCAAAGGCUGGACCAUCUGUAGGCACGUCAACAGCGGCUGCAACGCCAGCCACCAGAGCGACGGUACCCGAGACGUCAGCGGCGUCAGCGUCACAGGAGACGACAGCUGCCACCGCAUCCUGGGGCGCUGCCUCCGCACCCGAUGCAGGUUAUGAUCCGGGAAAGGCAGCGGCACCCAAGGGCCCCGGAGCAGCGACCGGAGGCAGUGCCACGCACCCCGCUGCUCCUGCGGUGUCGUCAGCAGCAGGUACCGCGCGACCUAUUUGGGACUCGCGGUUCAGCAACGAGCAAUUCCUCGCGACGCUGUACAGUGGAACGCGACCAUGGGAGCGAGGCUUCAGCACGGAAACCGUGCGACCCGAGACGAGUUUUCUUUACAGAGCGAACCGUCCUUUUCAUCCGCGUCGCCUAUUUGACAAGAUCAGUGACAUUAGCACCUUCCACGGUGUCUUGCGCUCUGUCGGAAAACUAUGGUUAGCAAAUCGGAUGGACAGUUUUCUCGAAUGGAGCCAGGUCGGAAACAAUAUAACCCUGAAACGUGGGCAAAGAUUUCUCGUUACCCUACCGCUGGAACAGUGGCCAAGCGCCCCGAACUCGCAAGAUAGAAUGCGACCGCUGCAAUGGGAUGAGCGCUUUGGCGAUCGCUGCAGUGAAAUCGUGUUUCUCGGGGAAGAUCUGGAUGCGAUGCGGAUUCAGAUAGUGUUGGAUGAAUGUCUCCUACGCGACGAAGAGCUCGUCUUUACGGAAGCCUGGAGCGAGUUUGAAGACCCCUUCGAGUCGCUAGUACCGAACACGGACAGCACACGGGCCGGCGGAAAGACCCCGCCAGCCGCUCAACCGCCCUCUUUUGUCGAGCGCCUUUCAUCGCGAGUCGCACCGCCGUGGAUACUCAUCACGGGUGAAGCAAAGCGUUCAGAAGCAAACAGCGAACAGAACGAGCGUAUACUUGUUCCGGGAGAUGUUGAACCACUACCCGCGAAUGAGGGUAUUCUGGCAGUCUGCGGCUUGCCAGGGGCGGGCAAAACCUCGCUGGUUGGAGCGCUGAACGCCCACGAGGACCUGCUGGCGUGGCGACUUGAGCCACCAGGCCCGAGCACUCUGCUGCAACGCCAGCGGCUGGAAGCUGUCAGCGAGGCAGCGCUCGCUAGCCGUCUCGAAUCGCACCCGCGUCCGUUCCGCUUAGCCCUAGAGACGGACGAGCCGCUUGACGGCGUCGAUGCUGUUGUGUGUGCGGUGGAUUGCCUCCGUUUCCGGUCGCAAGACCAUAUCCAGCAGCAGCUUGUCGCCAGUGCGGACACAGUCGUAUUUACCAAGUCGGACGUUGUACCUGCGGAGCGUUUGCAGCAAAUCCUGGAACACGUCUGUGGAUGGAAUCCGCACGCCAGGGUGAUAUGUGCACCCUACGGCCGGCUGCAGCCUGCAGCAAUCUGGGUACGCAGGCGCAAUCGACCUUGGCUGCGUGAAGCAGAAGCGACGACGACGACGACAACAACAACAACAACAGCUCCCACUCAUGAUGCCGAUUCGCGUGUACUGCCGCGCCUCACCGCACAGGCGAUGCAGGACGCUGCACCUGCUGGCGAUGCACACCGUCCAGCGGCUGCGAACAGAGGCAGGCUAUUCCGCCGCCUCCACCUCCAGCGAACAAUGCCAAUCGAUGUGGCAGCUUUCAUGGAUCUUUUGCGGGCUUUAGAACCUUUCACAGAAACGCUUUACGCUGUCGGCAUCAUGCGUCCCGCUAAUGCGCCUAGCCCCCUCCUCCUUACACUGGAUGGUGUUUAUAUGCGCAUAGAGUCGCACGCACCAGCGUCGAUAGCAUCUUCACUAACCAUGGAUUUGGUGUUGUAUGCGGACGGCAUUCAGGCAGAGGAUCUGGGAUCCUUUUUCGAUCGAGUUCACGCGGGAACGCUGACCUCCUAA